AUGGAUACCUCCCUUCCCUCUCUCACAUGGAACUUUUCUUUCAAUACUUCAGGGAGACAUAUUACAACAAAUCCCCAUUAUGGAGCUCUCUUCAUCAUGCUUCUCAUGGACCUAGUGGCAAUAGCAGGGAAUGUGGCUGUUAUGGGGGUCAUCAUGAAGACUCCAUCCCUCAGGAAGUUUGUUCUGGUCUUCCACUUGUGUGUGGUGGAUCUCCUGGCUGCACUUACACUCAUGCCCUUGGCAAUGUUGUCAGGAAGUGGAGGUACUUCCCUGUAUGAAGGCCAGGGACUUGGGCAGAUGGCCUGCCGUGCCUACCUCUUCUUGACUGUUUGUCUAACCAGCACAGGCAUUUUGUCAAUCUCAGCCAUCAAUAUUGAGAGAUAUUAUUAUGUGGUUCAUCCGAUGAGGUAUCAAGUCAAAAUGACUAUGGGACUAGUUAGUUGGGUACUGGCUGGAGUGUGGAUUAAGGCAUUGCUGACAUCCCUAAUCCCAGUACUAGGAUGGAAUCCUACUGUUCCUGGACAUUGCAGUCUGCAAGGAGGUGGCAACAGUGUCUUCCGUGCAGGGUUUCUUCUCUUUUACUCCUCCUUUUACUUCUUAUUGCCUUUGACUAUCAUAAUUGUUGUCUACUGCAGUAUGUUUAGGGUGGCACGUGUGGCUGCUCUCCACCAAGGGCCCCUUCCAACAUGGAUGGACACAUCACUUCAGCACCGACACUCAGAAUCUCUCAGCAGUCAAUCCACCAUGGUGACAGGGUCUGGAGUUACACGUGGAACUCCACAGCAGCGAGUGUCUGCUGGUGGUUCCAGAAGUGGUGGAAAAGCUGCAGCUGUAUUAGCAGCAGUAGGGGGUCAAUUCCUUUUGUGUUGGCUACCUUAUUUUGGUUUCCAUCUAUAUGCUGCACUAUGUUCUCCCCCUCCACUACCUGGAUCACGAUUGGAAUGGGCAGUAACAUGGAUGGGAUUUCUGUGCUUUGCUUCUAAUCCAAUUUUUUAUGGUUGCCUGAAUCGUCAAAUCCGUGAAGAGCUAGGGAGAUGGGUUGGUUGUUUUUUUAAGAGGAGUGGAUCAAGGGAGGAUGAGCUUCGACUACCCAGCAGAGAAGGGUCCAUUGAAGAAAAUUUCCUUCAAUUUUUGCAGGGAACAGGUUGCCCACCAGACACUCGCGCAGCUAUUCACAUUUCCCCUAAAGGGGAACAUCCUGCAGUAGACUUUCGGAUCCCUGGGCAGAUUGCAGAGGAAACUUCAGAAUUCUUAGAACAACCAUGGGAUUUGACAACAGUGGGCAGAGACUAUACUAAUAACUGCCCAUCUUCAAAAACAUGA